AUGUGCAACGGCCACCCGCCGCGCAAGCGCAACUGGAGGUUGUACUACCUUCUCGACCUCACUUCACCGACGACGUCGCGGCAGGUGAAGUGGAACUUCCGCAAGAUCACGCUACGACACCAUUACUAUCAGGCCUAUCUUGUUCUAUACAACCGCAGUCGCAAGUACCUGUACGACUCCAUCGGUGAAAAUGCAUACGGCUUCCUCGCCAGCGGAACGUGGGGGCCGUUUGUCCCCCUCCUCGGAGCCGUCGGCUCCGUGAUUGUAUACUCGCUCGUGCUCUUAAUAGAGGUGGCGCUGCUGCUUCUCUUCUUUGCCUUCCUCGCAGCAAACGACGGUCACUACAUGUCACUGAGCUUCGAGAUGAUUAUCCUGCCUCUCAUGAUCUUCGCGGCGAUUAUGCUGAUGGUCGCCGUCGCGGCCGUCGUGAUCAACAUCUUCACGCCGAGGACGUACCAGGAGGGAAUGUCUCUGAUAGAUCGUCUCUCUCCCGUCGGCAACUCCCUCGCCGCUCUGAGCUACUUCUGCAUUCCGUUUGUGCUGUACACCCAGAUUAGGAGCGAUCCUGCGUCGAAGGUGGGGCUGUACCUAUGGUACAUGUUCAUGCCCAUCGUGGGUGACAUUCUGUACUACACCACCUCACUCAUCUGGCGCUGGCCGCGGCGGGUGCGGUUGCAGAUGGAGGUGGGCAACAACCGCCCGAGCCCGAUAAUAUACAACGGCAUUUUUGCCAUGGGCUUCCUGAACAUGGCCUGCGGCGUCGCACAGUGGGUGCUCAUUGGCUACAAGUUGGAUGGGCGCCUGAACCGCUCGUGGUACAUCAUCUUCAUCCCGUUUUGCUUCCGCGCCGGCCUGCGCGUGGCCGAGGCGUGCUUGCGCAGCAUGAUGAAGUACACCAUCGGCGUCCGCUCCGAGAUCGGUGUCGCGUUCGACACCGUCGGCUCCUUCUUCUCGAACGGGAUGCUGCUCGUUUCACUCUACUUCGUCGCCGUGCGCAUCAACCGUGGCCGCGAGAGAGUUCGCCUAGCGUAUGCGUUGAUACCCGUCUACCUAACGCUUAUCUGGAUCCUCCUCUGCCUAAUGGUGACAGUGGUCCUGCUGCUCAUCUUCUACCGCCGCCGCAGUCGUGAGGAGCGCCGUGUGAACAGGCACUGGACACCCCCUCAGGACAAGUACGAGGAGACGGCGAAGACGCUGGGCAGCACGGACACAUCCGACUCCGGUCCCGUGCGCGUCUUGAAGGCAUCGGAGCACGGCUGGGAUGAUGUGGAUUCCAUCUCCACGACGUUUGCCACCUUCCCGGCCGACGUGGACGACCACGGCGGCAACGAGGAGUACGAGGAUUUCGAGACGGACGAGGAGCAGCCGGUGCCCCCAAAGAAGACGUCGCGGCGGUUGCAGGUGCCUUACAGUAGUCCCCGCGAUGACGUCAGCGAGGCCGCUGAUGCCGACCGAACACCCAUCAGUAAUCAGAACAGCUCAAAGAGGUACACGGUGCCGCGACACGCGAACAGGACGGCGGGGAGUGUCUACGAGGCGCGGGCGGGAACUUCGCGCAGCGCAUCCCAGCGUGGCGUGAGUGGCUUGUCGAGCCGUCGCGGCAGUCCGGAACGCUAUACGCCGGAGGUGGCGUCCGGCGUGACGACGAGCGCGACAUCUGGCGAGGAUGACUACACGGAGGUUACAACGUACAUGAACGAGGAGACAGCAAUGUCGCGCACAGGAGAGGACUUUACGCGGACGAGUAGCUACAGUUACACGGCCCAGACGACGUACGUGGAGGGAGACACGGAUCAGAGUCAGACCACCUCUUACACUCGCAGCAACUCCUACUCAUCCAUAUCCUCUGCCGCCUCGAUCGGCAACGUGGCCGCAUCUGCAACCAGAGGCGCGGAGAGGAAGAGGUAG